UUAUCACGCUCUCUUCUUGCUGUUGUAGCAAAGAUGGCGGCGUUCGUGAGAGGCAUGUUUUGGAAUAUUCUUGUAGCUGAACGAAGUAAUAUUCUGAAAAAAAGUAACGACUGUAUCGUAGAUUCAAAGAGAUACGUGCGAGCAUUGAAAAGGAGGCCUGUGAAGGUGUUGUAUCCUGAUAGUGAGACGACCUCUCCAACAUCGAAACAGAGGUCAGAUCAAAUAGUCAACAAGCAGUCUCAAAAAGUUGCGUCCAAAAUGAGGGAGUCCACUGUCAACGCCAUUUUAAAAAACGAGACCACUAAUAAACGUGUUAGCAGCAUGUCAUGGAGUGCCAGAAAUGGCAAUGCAUCCACAACGUCGGAACAUACAACCAAUCUGAAGGACCAACUAGGUGGCCUCAAAUUCGAAAGGGCCUUACCUGGUGACAAAAGAUUGGCGAGGGUAGUGAGUGUGGCUUGCUCCAGGACGUUUCGGGAGCACCAGGGUAAGAUCCUGUUGGAGGGGAGACGCCUGAUCUGCGAUGCACUGGCUGCUGGAGCCAACCCUCAGAUGGUGUUCUUCAGUUCUGUGGACAGACUGUGUGAUCUUCCCUUGGACAAACUGAAGAGGGCCACUCUGGUCAAAGUCAAGUUUGAGGACAUCAAGAUCUGGUCUGACCUUGUAGCUCCACAAGGAGUGAUAGCCAUAUUUUCUCGGCCAGACCCAUCCCGGCUGACAUUCCCUCAGGACCAGCGUGGUCAGUCUGUGCCGCUGUCGCUGAUCUGCGACAACGUGCGGGACCCUGGGAACCUGGGCACCAUCCUGCGCUGUGCUGUUGCUGCAGGCUGCCACAAUGUCCUGCUCACCAAGGGUUGUGUGGACGCUUGGGAACCUAAGGUGCUGCGAGCAGCGAUGGGUGCCCAUUUCCGCCUUCCCAUCUUCCCCAGCUUGGACUGGGACGACAUUCAAAACCAGCUGCCAAAGUUGGUGACUGUCCACGUGGCAGAUAACUGCAGUGGCUCUGAGAGAGAAGUAGCUGAGGAAGCAAACCAGUCCAACAAACCUUCAAAGAUGGGGGAAUAUGGAUGGGUGAGUAGCAGGCCUAAUUGUAAAGACAUGCGCUAUAAGGAAUAUGAAUCAGAUUUCGACUAUAAGGAAUAUGAAUCAGAUUUAGACUCCGAACUGUCACUUCCAAGAGUGAAGACCAAGUUGUACCAUGAGGGCUGGGCUCAGGGGAACACUGGUCUUGUGAUAGGUGGAGAGACUCAUGGACUGAGUCUAGAGGCUGUCCAAUUAGCUGAGAAAACUGCCGGUCAAAGACUGUUUAUCCCUGUGGUCCCUGGAGUGGACAGUCUCAACUCAGCCAUGGCAGCCAGCAUUCUCCUAUUUGAAGGCAGAAGGCAACUGUUGAACAUAAUGGAGACGUCUGGGAGGAAAGCUAAGUCUAAGGUGCAAUUUCCAUGAUCCGUCCAUUGGAAUCCAUUUGGAGUGUAAUGGACAUGUUAUUCCUGGUGUUGGUCACUUUUUCCAUGCAUACAUUCUUGGCUGCACCUCAUCAUGUCAGACUGAAUCAUAUGGAUGGAUUUAAUUUCCAUAUUCAACUCUCAGCUAUUAAGUGAAGUAAAAUGAGUGACACGUUUCACAUUGUGGAAAUUCUGUGUUCUUUCCUGUCUGCAUAUUUCCUCUAUUGUCUUCCAACAUUCCUGCCAGUGUGGCUUUAGAAGCUUCACUUAGUCUCCACUUUUUAUUUAUUUAUUUUUAUUUCACUAGGCAAGUCAGUUAAGAACAAGUUCUUAUUUUCAAUGACUGCCUAGGAAUAGUGGGUUAACUGCCUGUUCAGGGGCAGAAUGACAGAUUUGUCAGCUCGGGGAUUUGAACUUGCAACCUUCCGGUUACUAGUCCAACGCUCUAACCAGUGGGCUACCCUGCCGCUCCACAUGCAGUUGGCCUCUAGAUUUCCUGUCAGUUGACUGUAAACUGCUGCCAUGCAAUAUGUCCAGUAUAGAGAUUAAGCAGUCAUGUGCUAAAUGUGUCUGUUUAGCAAGGGAAAUAAUCUGUCCAUCUAACAGGCCCGAAAUAAAUUAGCAUAGUAACCACAAGGUGGCACCUGAAGCAACUUCUGGGACCAUUUACUGUAUGUUAUGAAGUUGUAUGGUUAAAAAAAACAGUACUGCAUGUGAAAGGUGUGAAAUACUUAGUUUUCUUAUACUGUAAACAUAUGGGUUGUGUACAAAUGCCUGACAAAGAACACACUUGAUUUAGUUUUUUAAAAUUAGAAAUAUAAAUGGAAACUACAUUUCUGGAGUCAUUGUAUAUAAAUAAUGCACACAUGUAGAAGUGAUACCGAGCUAAUACUGUCUAAAAUACAUUUGCUCCCAAUUGAAUAAAACUGGCCUCAUGGAUAGAGGAAGUUGACAACAUAAGACAAUUGUGCUUAACAGUGAAUUUUAAUGGCUGUGAAGUCAUGACUAGAGACAACCAGGGAGUGACAAAUGUGAAUUCAUACUUCAACACUUAGUUGCUAAGGUGGAUUUUAAUGCCAUUUUUGUGCCUUCAGAAAUAUCUGGCCUUUUCAAUAGAUGGGAUCUUCACAGAAAAUCCUCUUAAAUGUCAUGGUGGUUGAGAUGGAAACUUAACAAUUGGGUAGAGCUGACUAUCACUCACUUCAUUGUAGAACAAGACAAGUCAAUAGUAUUUGAAAUCCCAUGACACACAAAACCAGACGCAAUACAAAACAAAAUGACCUUUUAAACCAGGGAAAUCUUAACAUUUAUGCAGCACCUUUAAAACAGAAGAACAAUAAGACAGUUACAUUAAACUGAAUUUCAGGACAUUUUCUGCACUGCAUGUUUGUAAAUUACAACUAUAGAACUUAGAAAAUUUGUUGCAAUCAUUUUAUUCUUUCUCAGCACAUUUUGGAAAACAAAAGCAAUGUGGGUUCAGCAAAGGUAAUAAAGAGACAUUGUGACAUGUCAAGUCCAUUGG